AAAAUGGCAAACAAAUCUUCCAUACUUUCUGGUCUUAUUGUGAUCCUAGUCAUUGCAUUGGGGUGCAACAUCGAUGAGGCUGUGGCAAGAGACGUGAAGCUAGUUAAACUCCGCGAUGUAAAACCCGAAACUUUGACAACAUUGAAAGCAGAAGAAGAAAGAGAGCUCAUGAAAGGAGAAUCAAAAGACAAUCUACUAAAAGAGAUUGGGAAGGCGAAGAAUAUGCUCGGAGAAUUGAAAACUUUGAAGAAGCAAUCAAAUGGUGAUAUGAAAGAUGAGUUGAGUUCUUUGGUGAAAUCUGAAUCUCUACUUAAUGAAAUUUCAGAUUCUCUUAAGAAUGGAACGUGCAACUCCAACAAAGCUAACAUUUUUGUUGAGAAAGAAUCAUUUUUUUACCGAGCAUGGAAGGAGAAUGCCUAUCAUUCGGUGGUUCCGGAGAAAGAGAAAGAGUUUAUGUCUACGAUAAAACGUAUUGUGAAGUUGUUGAAGAAAACUUAGAAGACAA